AUGGCGCACAGGGUCCUGGAGCUGACGCUCGUCUCGGCGAGCAACCUGCCAAGCGUGAACCUGUUCAGCGGCAUGCAGGUGUACGCCGUCGCGUCCGUGUACGGCGACCCUCGCACGCGCCAGCGGACCCUCACCGACCGCGACGGCGAGACGGAGCCAGCGUGGAACCACACGGUCUGGUUCGCCGUUUCGCCCACGGCCGCCGCGGCUGGGUGCGCCUACCUCCACGUGCUCCUCCGCACCGAGCGCUACUUCGCCGGUUCGUUCGGCUUCGGCGACCGCGAUGUCGGCGAGGUGUUCAUCCCCGUCGCUGACCUGCUCGCGGGCGCCUGCGCCGCCGGAGGAGGCACCCCGUGGCGGUGCGCGUCGUACCCGGUCCGGAAGGCGCAGAGCAGCAGGCACCGCGGCGCGCUCAGCAUUGCGUACCGCCUCGGCCCCAUGGUGGCGCCGCCGCUGCUCCCCUCGGAACCCGACUGUCAGGCGGUCAUGCCGCCGUGCCGUCCGCCGCGGAGGAAUUUCAACUGGAACGGUCGCUUUGAGCUGGGGCUCGGCUCGGGGCUGCUCGGUGCAGGCUUCGCGGGCACGGCGGCAUAUAGAUCCGGGUGUACGCCGUCGCGUCCGUCUACGGUGACCCUCACCGACCGCGACGGCGAGACGGAGCCGGCGUGGAACCACACGGUCUGGUUCGCCGUCUCGCCCACGGCCGCCGCCGCGGGGCGCGCCUACCUCCACGUGCUCCUCCGCACCGAGCGCUACUUCGCCGGUUCGUUCGGCUUCGGCGACCGCAAUGUCGGCGAGGUGUUUGUCCCCGUCGCCGACCUGCGCCGCCCGAGGAGGCACCCUGUGGCGUUGCGCGUCGUACCCGGUCCGGAAGGCGCUCAGUAG